CAACCAAUACAUGGUAACAUCCUUUACACAUUGCAGUGGCUCUCACGUUACUACACGUUUUUAGGGUCCUUGACUGCGAGUGCGAGCUCUGUAUUUCUUUGUUUCAGCGGCCCUAGGCUCAUGGAUCCAUCCAUCUGAUAGGUGCUAGCACUGUGGCCCGCCAUUGUUAAUAGAGACAGGGUCCUGAUAGCAGGUUUUGGCGAAGGGUUCGACAUGGCCAGCUCGGAGCUGAAAGUCGUGGAGGUUCGCAGCCCUCCUGCCGAACCGCUGCCUCCUUUAUCUUCAGCGCAGGCGCAGGGCUUGCUUCCAGCGCUUGGGAAUGCUCUUCCCAUCCCGGACGAUAACGCACCGCCAGCAAAUGGUGCAUCUGCAACAAACGGCGACCACUUGUUGCCGCACGGGAGCCCUCUGAAGGACGGAGCAGUGGGCGGAGUGGUUUCGCAAGCCGCAGCGGUUGCCGGGAGUAUCGCGUCGACCGUGAACGCACCAGCUUCCAGCGAAAUCAGCGAGGCAGCGAUGCCGAGUAUGAAAAGCAAGCAAGCGUCUGCAACCAUGUCGCCCGAGAAGGGCGCGGUCGCAGCGGCAGGCGGCUUGCCCGCGACGCCCGCCCGCGCAACCACAGCCGCGGGCCCCUUCGCCGGAGCCGGCGCCGCUGCGGCCACCGCAGUGGCAGCCGGCGGCGACGCCACGCAGGUCUCGCCCACCCUGGGCACGUCCGGGGCAUCCGGCGCGGUGCCUUCCAGCAGCCUCAAGAACAGCGCCAGUCUGCGCAUCCAGGAGAGCCUCAAGCAGCUGCCGUCCGUGGCCUCGGACGCGGCCAAGCAGGCGGGCAAGGCCUACGUGGAGGCGGGCAAGGAGGCCAAGCAGACAAUCAACACGCUGGCCGGGCUGCCCUUUCUGAAGAAGGAGGGCAGCCCCAUCACCAUCACGCUGGACCAGGUGCUCACGGCGCUGUUCUUCGUGGUGGUGGGCUCUCAGGUGUUGCUGGUGCCGCUGUUCAUGCCCUCCAUCUUCCGGCUGGCCUACUCGCUGGUGUGGGGCCUGGUGGCGGGCCUGGGCCUCAGCUUCCUGUUCUACCUGAACAAGAAGCGCAAAGCCGAGGUCAACGAACUGCUUUCCGUGAACCUAGGCCUGAAGGGCGUGUCGCUGGUGGCGGGCGGGCUGCCGUCCUGGUUCAACAUCUCGCACAAGGAGAAGAUGGAGUGGCUCAACACUCUUAUUGAGGAGAUCUGGCCAUUCGUGGACAAGGGUAUCUGCCAGAUGAUCAAGGACAUCACGGCCCAGAUGAUGCCCCAGGUGCUCAAGCAGCUGCCCGCCGGCAUGGGCGGCCUGGUCAAGUGCAUCAGCUUCAAGCACCUCACCUUCGGCGCCGCGCCAUUCCGAGUGGAGAGCAUCUGGGUGGACGAGACAGAGACGGAGCGGCUGCUGAUGGAGGUGUCGGUCAAGUGGUGCGGAGACCCCAACAUCACUCUGGCCAUCGAGCUGCCCACCGGCCAAAAGCUGUGCCCGCGCAUCAUGGACAUCACGUUCGUGGCCACAAUCCGCAUCAUGCUGGACCCGCUGGUGGACCGCAUCCCCGGCUUUGUCGGCGCGAUGGCCACGGUGCCCAAGCCGCCGCUGAUCAAGUACCGGCUGGACUUCGGCAAGGCGCUGGGCGGCUCCAUGGCGCCCGCGGCCGUGACGCCGGUGGUCAACUACUUCAUGAAGGAGAUUAUCACCAAGAUGCUGGUUUGGCCGCAGCGCCUGGUCAUCCCCAUCCUGCAGGAGACGGAGCAGGACCGCAUCCUGAUCCAGCGCCUGAUGCGGCGCCACCGCGGCGUCGUGCGCAUCCACGUGCGGCUGGCUAAGCAGCUGAAGAAGUCGGAGUGGGGCAACACCAACGACGUGCUGUGCGAGUUCACCACCGACUCGGAGUACUUCGAGUCCACAAGCAUCAAGCGGGCGAAGAUUCCGGACAAAACCAAGAAGGUGACGUUGGAUUCCAAGAAGAACAGCACCAGCAGCAACGCCAACGCUCACGUUGCGGCGGCGGCGGCUGCUCAGGUCUCCGUGGACCCCGCCACCGAGGCAGCGGCGGCGGCGGCAGCGGCGCGCAAGAAGAAGCAGCGGGCGGAGCAGCCCAAGGAGGUGGUCGUCUGGAACGAGUACAUCUACCUCCUCGUCCAGGAGCCCAAGGACCAGCUGCUGCGGCUGGAGGUGUUCGACAUCGACCGCCUGCGGCCCGGCAAGCUGCUGUCCGGUCAGGUGACGCAGGUGGUCAACGGCCGGCAGCUCAUGGGCCGCCAGCUGAUCAAGCUAAGCGAGGCCUGCAAGGACGGCAUGAAUGGCAACAACGAGCGCGCCGAGCAGCAGGUGCUGCUGGGAGACAACGACUGGGGCGCGCCGGGCGGCCCGGGCAAGGGCCUGGGUAUUGUGCACAUGACGCUGCAGUACUGGCCCUUUGAGAGGCUGACCAAGUACGACGUGGAGAACGCCAUGCAAGGCAUUGUGACCGUGCGGCUGCUCAAGGUGUGGGGCCUCAUGGCCGCCGGCGAGGACCUGUCGGCCUUCGUGCGCGUCACCAGCACCGCCAACAAGAAGGAGUGGCGCUCCUCCACCCGCUACUGGUCGCGUGCUCGCCACAUCCAGCGCCUGCAGCACGAGAUCCAGCAGCUGCGCACCACCAUGGAGCGGGACAAGCGCGAGGGCCGGCCCACGCUGGCGGCGCGCAAGGAGAAGUACGUCAAGGCGCUGGAGCAGGCGGUGUCGCGGGACGCCGGGCAGAACAGCAAGGCGCGCCUGGUGGUGGACAUGGACUACACGCUGGACAGCAACGCCAUGCACGCCAUCUACAAGGUCAAGCUGACGGACGUGAUCAAGGUCAAGGUCAUGGAGGCCUCCCUCCUGUCCUCAGCCGAGUGCCUGGGCCGGCUGGACAUCCCCGUGUCAGACAUCAUCACCGCACACGACGUGAACCCGCUGACCGGCCAGCAGGAGUUCGGGCUGCACCGCCGCAAGUGGGAGGAGUACAACCCCGACAAGCCCGACAAGCCCAUGGACCAGCUGGAGCGCGGGCUGCUGCUGGAGGAGGGCGACGGCGCGCGCAUCUGGGUGGAGCUGCGCUGGGUGCCCUGCAUCCAGGCUUCCGGGGCUGCGUCUGGCAUCGAGGAGGGCGAGGAGGACGAGGAGGACUAGUGGGCGCAAGAGGGGUGGACUGACCCGUGCGGACUCGGUUUCAAUGGCACGGACAUGAAGAAUGGCAGGGCGCUGCUGUCUGUGCGGGCGUGGGGGCGUAGGGGUGCUGCGCCAGAAUAAUAAGCCAGGGGACGUUCUGGCGUAGAUGGCCGGGGGUGCGGGAUGAGGUGCCUGUGGUGGUGCGCACCGUGGGGAACGGAGAAGGGCAGGGUCUGGGUCCGGCGUGGCAGGCGGCGACAGGACUGCCCAACGGCGCAUGUGCAUUUGGCAAGCUUCGGAGAGUAAGGGCCUGCCCCUGCGGGUAGGUGCGGUACAUAUAGUGUCUCUACCGUGAGCGUGAGGACAGAAGCUGCACAACUUGACAUGGCAACUUGACUCGUGAGCGUCGUGGCUAUUCACCGGCCGAUGGGGAAUGAGUGUGAUCAGUGUAUGUGUAUGUAUGUGUGUGAUGUGCGUCUUGUUCACGAUUGGAACUUUGAAGCGUAUCUUCUUUCGCAGUGUGUUGGACUCCGCCAACGGAAUGUAAGGGAGACUCACU